GCUCGCUCGGCAGCAACGGCGCCGCCGCGGCCACCCUCUCGCCGACCGACCGCGCCGUGCUCCCUCGUUGGUCGCGCACCCGCACCCGCUCCCCUCCUCUGGUGACUCGACAAGGAAAGUUCUCAUAAAGAGAAAGAUAAGAAGAAAAUGGCAGCAUUCCUGAGGUCGAGAUGUUCAUCAGUUGGACGGACCUUGAUGGGAGGCCUUGGGAACAAUCUAUUUGGGGCUGGUAACUCAUCUGUUGAAACUGUGGCGAGGCCAUCUCAUUGUGAUGCUAUCUGUCAGCAAAUCAGGACAUUCAUUCAGAUGAGAACCAACCUCAAGGUGGUAGACAACUCUGGCGCCAAGCGUGUUAUGUGCAUACAGUCCUUGAGGGGUAAGAAAGGAGCAAGGCUUGGGGACACUAUAAUUGGAUCUGUCAAGGAAGCACAGCCCCGUGGUAAGGUCAAGAAAGGUGAUGUGGUCUAUGGAGUGGUUGUCCGUGCUGCUAUGAAGCGAGGACGCAACGAUGGCAGUGAGAUCCAAUUUGAUGACAAUGCUAUAGUUCUUGUGAACAACAAAGGCGAGCUGAUUGGCACUCGUGUUUUUGGUCCUGUUCCCCAUGAACUCAGAAAAAAGAAGCAUCUCAAGAUCCUAGCAUUGGCUGAGCACAUAGUUUGAGAUGAACAUGGGUUUGCUUUCAAGACUAUGCUUCAUUUUCUUUGAUCAGCUGUCUGCAAUAAUGUACCCUACAAGGAGUAAAUGAAACUAAUGGCAUGUAGUCAAUCCUUCACAAAUUGAAUUUUGUACUGCCAUUUAACCUUGGUAUUUAUUGCAUUCCAUUCCAAUGGCUAACAUCUGAUAUCUACAUACAUUGCUUAUAUUUUGUGAAUAAACUGAAAUUAGAACGUGCCUCUUGUUUUCUUAUCCCAAAGCAUUUCAGUUCAUGUGU